AUGGAGGGUAUCCGUCCUUUCGAUGGCAGCCCCGUGAGUCCCUUCUGGGAGGUGCAGGAAGGCCCAUCGAGUCCCAUCGUCAUCGACGCAUGGAGGCAUCGACAGGUGGAAUCCAGAUCACCGGUCCCCUGCGGUAUGUCCCAGCGCAGCUUGGGAACCCUUGAUGCGACACUGUCCUCCAUUCGAGAGGAUGUGAGGGCAACCAGCGUCUCUGUUGGCGUUCUGGGUUCAGGAGAUCCGCGUGCCUCUGGAGUCUUAUCAGAGCCCGGCAACCGUCGGCUCGACCUUAUCCAGGCAGCCUUCCGGCGGUUGGACGUUAAUGGUCAUGGCUGGGUCACCGUGCAGGACAUGGUGGCAGGAUUGCAGCACUUCAGCAACAUGCCGCACAACGAGCGGCAGCGAGUACUGUUCGGCCUGUGCGGCCAAGGGUUGGACCCCAACACGCGGGUGUCCAUCGCAACCUUCGUCGGGUACUACCAGAUGCUGGGUGCCUCCAUUGAGCGCGAUCGAGAUUUCGAGGAUUUGCUUCGGCAUCAUUGGGGCUUUGCCGAGGUCUCCACAAUUCUGGAAGACAUGCGUGGCAAGUUCGCAAUGGUAGGACUGGCAUAUGCAUUCCGUAAGCACCUGGAGCAGGGCCUGUGGAUGCUAUCACCAGCCAGUCCACUGAGCCUGAAGAUGUUUUAUGUUGCGAUCAUGGGAUGCUUGGUAGGCAUGCAGUACAGCGCUUCGGACUUGCGCGGCGUCUUCGAAAGUCUUGGAAGUGGCGCCCAAUCUUUGGAGGUAUACAGGCUUGUGGAGCAUGUUAUGCGUACUCCGGCUCCGGCAGCCGUGCACCACGCGACGCAGGCCACGGUUGCCACUGGCGGAAGCAGGGCGCCCGGCAUCGUCCGGCCCAAAACUCCCGCCGUUUCGUUCGCUCCAGGACGUGUCGGUGCCGGCUCGGGCGAGGUGUCCGUGGGCAAACUCUCAGCACAGCUGCCGCCGCCUACAGAAGCACCGGCCGAGGGUGGCAAGAUGGUGGCUGCCUCGGAAUACGGUGCUCCUCUUCCAGAAGCUCCGGCAGAGGACACACACGGAUUGUUGGAAGAAAUGCUAGCACCGCCAGAGCGUGAUGAGUUCGGCAAGCUGCCGCUCGAGGACACAACUGAGGCACCCCCAGAGGACGAUGACGGUCUGCUGGCUCCAGAGGAGACGGAUGGCGAUCAUCUGGAUGAGAUUCCUGAGGCAGAACGGCAGCCGCGCCACGGGAAGUGGGAAGCUACCAGCACCAACAGCAUCAUUACAGCGGUCACCACCAGUGCUGAUGGCAGCUAUGGUAGCUAUGGCAUGUACAGCUCGGAUGGGUUUCAGCAACUGUACCAACCGUACAGCGGCUACGCAUAUCACCUUUCAGGCCUUGGCAUGGCACCAAUGGCACCUCAGCAUGGUCAGCACGUGCAAAUCUCCAGCGGUCAAGCUGGACAGAUGGUGGCAUCCCCCAGCCACCAGGCUGCGCCGUCGCCGCAGUCUUCGCCGGCCAAGCCCGAAACUGGAGUAAAACUUCACGUGGCUGGGCAGAGGCGGGCUGUAACCGUCGGGGUAAACUACAUCGGCACCGAGAACGAGCUCCGUGGUUGCAUCAACGACUCCGACACCUUCAUCACGCUCCUCACCGAGGACUUCGGCUUUAGCGUGUCGGACAUCCGCCAGCUCCGAGACGACCAUCCGCAGAGACCUCAGCUGUGGACCAUAGCUGGGUUCAACGAAGCGAGCUUGACCAGUACGGCUGCCACUCGUCAGGCAGCGGAUGCCGACAAGAAAGCUCCAAAGCUGCAGAAGCACAGGAACAUAUCCGCUGCCUUGCAGUGGCUGGUGAAAGGUGCUGCUGCAGGAGACCAUCUCUUGUUCCACUACAGCGGCCACGGGUCUCAAAGACGUGAUUCCAGUGGCGACGAGGCAGAUGGCAAAGACGAAACCAUCGUGCCUUGCGACUUCAACAGGUCUGGCAUGAUCGCUGAUGAUGAGCUCAGGAGAAUGCUUGUCGACGGGCUGCCAAAGAGUUGCCGCCUGACAGUGAUCAUGGACUGCUGUCACAGCGGGACAGGAAUGGACCUGAGUUACAAGGCCAGAGUUCUGCACGACGGCUCUCUGACGAUCCGGGCAGUCUCGAGCAGGCGGAGGCAUCCGACAGGAGCCGAAGUUGUGCUGCUGUCAGGCUGUAGAGACGUCCAGACGAGCGCUGACAUCUCAGGGGGAGUCGCUGGAAACAAGGCCGCAGGUGCGAUGACCACGGCUUUCAGAAAGGUGAUUUCGAAGAAGAGAGACAUCUCGUAUCACCACCUUCUGCUUGAGAUGCGGAGCUUUCUCAAGCAGCAUAAUUUUGAUCAGGUGCCUCAGCUGUGCAUGGAGUUCCAUUUGAACUUUGAGGAGCCAUUCCUGCCCGAGGCAGACCCUCCUGUUGCACAGCCCCCUGCACCGCUUCGAAGUACACAGCGCCGCGCGUUGACUAUUGGCAUUAACUACUUUUCGUUGACCCCAGGUCAAGGACGAUUGUCAGGCUGCAUCAACGAUUCCGAGACCAUGAUCGCUGUCUUGAAGGAGCCAUGGGGACAAGUCCAGUGGGUGGAGAGUCCUUCGCUGAACGGGAGAGAGCCCAGCGCCUCCGCCCCUGAGGAGACCUUCAAGUUCGAGGAUGGCCAGAUCUGUCGACUGCGGGAUGACCGCACGAACAUGAUGCCGACCAAGGCCAACAUGCUCUCUGCCAUGCGUUGGCUGACACAGGGAGUCGGAAGCGGAGACGAGCUGUUUCUGCACUACAGCGGUCACGGCGGCCGCGCUGCCGAUCGGAGUGGAGAUGAAAUCACCGGCCAGGAUGAUACCUUGAUCCCGUGCGACUUCCAGACUGCAGGAUCCAGCGAUGACUUGCGACGUCAGCGUGACAUGUCGAAUGCCUUAGCCUAUGGCCUGAGGGCAGAUCAGUGA